AAUUAAGGUCGGGAAAAUUGCUUCUUAUUUAUACUCCAUAUCUCAUCUUUCCGUCUACUAUUUUAGAGAAGUGCACGAAGUCAGUCCUGACGCCGAUGACUUGGAAGUACUUGAGCUCUUAAAUAAUCGGAAAUCUCGCCAUCAGGGGCGUCUGACUCCACGCGGGCUUGACACAGAUGACCAUUCUGCUGUUGACAUGGAUAUGUCUCGUCCCUCAUCUUCGGUUGUUAUGCCCUCGCACCGUACUCGGAAUGGGCAUCUUCAGCCAGAAGAUCUUACCAUGUCGGAUGACGAUGAAUCGUAUCCAAUGCAUGACCACGAUGAUAUCGAUUGCACAGAUAGAAAUAUGCUUACCCGUAAUAAUCUUCCUUUGAUCCCUACGGAAUGUGGAAGUGUUACAGAGGCUCUGCAUAAUUUUGUUGUCGUAUUCGAGUCCAGUUUGGCUGUCUAUGUUCAAGUGAAAAUCCUACAUGAGAAAGAUGAAGUUUUGUUGAAAAGAUUGUUGGGCUCAAUCAUUGGCGCAGUGAUUUCUUUCCGUUAG